AUGAAUACUAAACCUGAACCGUUAAGUAUUACUGCUAAUUACUUGAAAAAAAAUGUUGAGAAAUUAUUACCGGAGGCUUUUGCUAAUUGGUUAGAGUAUAUGAGAAAAGAGGAAAAGAGAGUAGGAAUAUUAUUUCCGGCAAUGGUGAAGUUUGCUUUUUCUCCUCAUAUGAGCGAAUAUGUUGAUUAUGGGUGA